GACCCAGAAAUGAGUUUGAUUCACAGAGUCCUUCCUCCAUAACAAGUAAAAACGUCAGUCAGAACGAACGAGAGAGUCUGGCUCGCUCGCUCUCUGUAUAUGUGCGAGAGAGAGUCUGUGUGUUCGUGCGAGUGUGUGUGUGUCUGUGUGUGUGCGCGCGCGAAGGGAGCCACAAUCUGCUCCCACUCUCCGGGGCUCGUCUGAACUCAUGAGGCAGCACGGACCCCUUCGCGCCGAGAGAAAACUCCCACCUCGCUGGCAACCAUCACGGCAGCAACAGCAGCAGCAGCAGCAGGCUGCCUGCUGUUACCCGGGAAGAUCAUGAAACGAGGUCGACUUCCCAGCAGCAGUGAGGAUUCUGACAAUGGCAGCUUGUCAACCUGGUCCCAGCAUUCUAGGUCUCAACACCAGCGGAGUUCAUGUUCUAAGCACGAAGAUCGAAAACCAUCCGAGCUGGCACCCAGCAACCUUUCUUCUGGCCAGGAGAUCAGGGAGCUCAACUGCUGCCACAGUCCCUGCCAGCAUCAAGUGUUCAGAACAGACCUGAUCACUGCCAUGAAGCUGCCUGAUUCUUACCAACUGAACCCUGAUGAGUACUAUGUGUUGGCAGAUCCAUGGAGACAAGAAUGGGAGAAGGGUGUUCAGGUGCCAGUCAGUCCCGGGACUAUCCCAGAACCAGUAGCCAGGGUUGUGUCUGAAACAAAAGCCGUCAUGUUUACUAGGCCUCGGAAGUACAUCCUUUCCUCAGGAUCUGAGCCCCCUGAGCUUGGAUAUGUUGACAUCCGAACACUGGCGGAGAGUGUCUGUCGCUAUGACCUUAAUUACAUGGAUGUGGCGUGGUUGGAACUAGCCAAUGAAGAAUUUAAAGAAAUGGGAAUGCCUGAGCUGGAUGAAUACACUAUGGAGAGAAUCAUGGAAGAAUUUGAACAGCGAUGCUACGACAACAUGAACCAUGCCAUUGAGACUGAGGAGGGGCUUGGAAUUGAGUAUGAUGAGGAUGUGGUCUGUGAUGUUUGCCAGUCUCCAGAUGGUGAAGACGGCAAUGAGAUGGUGUUUUGUGACAAAUGCAACAUUUGCGUUCAUCAGGCAUGCUACGGCAUCCUAAAAGUUCCCGAAGGCAGCUGGCUAUGCCGAACCUGUGCUCUUGGUGUCCAACCCAAGUGUUUGUUGUGUCCUAAGAAAAGUGGAGCCAUGAAGCCAACACGGAGUGGGACUAAGUGGGUUCACGUUAGCUGUGCCCUUUGGAUUCCAGAGGUGAGCAUUGGCAGCCCAGAAAAGAUGGAACCUAUCACAAAGGUCUCCCAUAUUCCCAGCAGCAGAUGGGCCCUGGUGUGCAGUCUUUGCAAUGAGAAGUUUGGGGCAUCAAUACAGUGUUCAGUGAAAAACUGCCGCACAGCUUUCCAUGUCACUUGUGCAUUUGAUCGUGGCUUGGAGAUGAAGACUAUUCUGGCAGACAAUGAUGAAGUCAAAUUCAAGUCCUACUGCCCAAAGCACAGUUCCACCAAGAAACCAGAUGAAGAAAACCUCAAUGAAUUUACCAGCCAGGAGAAUGAGAACGGUGCACAGGACAGUUCUCCUCCUGGUCACAUAGAGUCCUUUGUCAGCAUGGAUCAAAACCAGGAGGAGGCCCACAGAGUCAGUGUUCGUAAGCAGAAACUUCAGCAACUGGAGGAUGAGUUCUAUGCCUUUGUCAAUGCUUCAGAAGUCGCUAAAUCCCUGCAGCUUCCCGAAGACUCUGUAGAAUUCCUGUACCAGUACUGGAAGCUGAAGAGGAAAUCUAACUUCAACAAACCUUUGAUAACCCCAAAGAAAGAUGAAGAAGACAAUCUAGCCAAACGGGAGCAGGAUGUUCUGUUCAGGCGACUACAGCUUUUCACUCACCUCCGACAGGAUUUGGAGAGAGUACGAAACCUCACAUACAUGGUGACUCGAAGGGAAAAAAUAAAAAGAUCUGUUUGCAAAGUCCAGGAACAGAUAUUCAAUCUUUAUACAAAUCUUGUGGAGCAUGAAAGAGUUUCAGGCAUGCCUUCCUCCUUCUCCUCAAUGGAAAACAUGGUGCUUUUCAACAGUUCGCCACUUGGCCCAGACGCACCUAAGAUAGAGGAUCUAAAAUGGCAUUCAGCUUUUUUCAGAAAGCAAAUGGGCAUGUCAUUGAAUCACUCCUUGAAGAAAACACAGAAGAGAGAGCGGAUGAGGAGGAGCUCUGGGCCUGAUGACAAACCUUUGCUCAAGCAGCCUAGCCAAAGGGAAGGCCUUGCAAUUCCUGGUAGCUUUUUCAACUUUGAAAAGUCAUUUGCAGAAGCACAACUUGGAUCAGCACAACAGAAGAAUGGGAUUGUUACAGCAGACCACAGAAAGAGGAGAGACAAUCAUUCUCACUGUGACUUAAUGAAAACAGGAUUGAAGGAGAAACCUCCCAAACACAACCACAAACCUCUGAGAUCCAACGAACUGUCUCAGAGGCAGUUAGACAACAAAAGGGCCGUAAAUCACCCUAGUGGCAGGUCAGCACCUGGAACCCGGAGGGAUAUGGUGUCUAAAUGUAAUGGAUCCUUUUUCAAAAUAAACUAUAAUCCAGCUCCAGUUAAAGUGCCUACAACACCCAGAAGCCCGGUGAAAAACUGGGGAGGAUUCAGAAUUCCAAAGAAAGGGGAAAGACAACAACAGGGAGACGGACAGGAAGAGGCAUGUCGCCAAAACUCUACAUACCCUUACUCGGGUCUGAGUCAAAUGUCCCCUAAAGACAGGGUGAAAAGCAACCUUAAGGUGGACAGUGAGAAUGACGGGUAUGCCCCUGAUGCUGAGAUGAGUGAUUCCGAAACCGAGAUGGCUGAGAAGAAAUGCAGACAGCAAAGGCUCGGUUCAAACAGCACUAUUCCCAGAAGGACAGACAUUAUUAGGAGAAGCAUCCUUGCCUCCUGACUAGAGAGUGGCACACAGUAACAGCACUGGAGUCAGUGAAGGUCCGGCCCGGAGGGGGGGGAUCACUCUGUGUUAUUUAUUGGUGAGACGAGGAGGGUUGUAGAUGUGGCUACAAGACAAACCAAUGAUGAACCUGUUUUUCUUGGGCUGUAGAAAUAUGUUUACGUGCACUGCAGUAAGAAUUUGCCCUCCGCCCAUUCUCAUGUCUGUGAGGUUUGAAUCUCUAGUUAUGACUGGCCUGAAGAAAUGAUCUGAGAAAAUGUGCUACACUAAUUGAUCCAAGAGGUUGAACACUAGUUUGAAAAAUCAAAUAAAAAUCAAACCAUGUGGGUUGGUUGUGAAGGAGGGAGACCCUGGUUUGAGCGGAUAGCACUGAGGAUUUUCCUCUCUGUCCCUGAAAAGCACAAGCUGUUAGUACACACAGGAGGAUAAUGAAUUAAAUGUAGUGGUUCUGGCCACUCUGCACUGUGUAACCCAUUCUAAAUUGUCACUUUCAUCAGGCUAUGUUAGGAUUAAGUCCUAGUAGUCUGCAGUUUUUUGUUUGUUUUAAAAUCAGGAGGUUGGCAGCUGAAAAUCUUCAUAAGCCCCUGAAGAGUUGCCAUAUGGUGCCCAUCAGCUAGGUGAGACAAACGCACCAUGACUACUAGAUACCUAAAGGGGUAGAACGAAGCUGUCCAGUUGUAAAAAAUAUUGGUAGCAGUGCACAGUGCUUUUCUGAAGGGACCCAGUUGAAGAGUGGAUUAAGAACUACUCAGCUCCCCAAAUUUGGAGGGCAUCUAUGUCUUAAAGUACUUUAUCUUGUUCUGAGAAAGAAGGUAGGUUUGUAGCCAGCUUUACUCUGCUGGCACCUGCCCAUCUGAUACACAAUGACAAUUCAAAUGGGAGAGACUGAAUGUGUCUGCAUUGCAAAUACCCUUAGGAUUUGCUGUCAUGUCAUGCUUUGUUCACCAUUUUGGGGAUUGUAGUACUGUGAUGGAUGAGCCAUUUUUCAAGGAAGAAUUCUUAGGACAUUAUCAAACUACAAUUUCCAGGCUUCUUUAGGGAAAGCUAUGACAGAUAAACUUGAAAUUUGCCAUGAAGACAUGACCACAUUUCUGAAGGAGCUGGUUGGCAGCCUUUCCCCAAUGUGCACUAAUGGAAUGUGUUGGGAUAUGCAAGUUUCUGACACACAAGGGUUAAUUUAAAUACAAAAAGAAGGAUGUAAUAAAUAUAUAUGUAUAUUUUUUGAAUGAAAUGGAAAGGCAAUAAGAUAUGAGUAGCGCUUUAAAUUCAAGCCAAUUUAACAACAUGAUUUCAUGAUAUGGACUAGAUUUGAUUAAGGAGCUUGUGUUCUGAAUACUUCAUUUGGAAAAAAUUGCAAUAACUAGAGAGUAAGCCAUCAGCAAUAAUAAGAUGAACAGAUCGCCAAGAGUCUAUUUUCUGCACCUAGGAGAGUGCAUCUGUAAUACACAUAUGAACAGAUAGUUUUAGGCUGCUGUUAGUUUUGGGACUCAACUUUGAAUAUAAAAUUAGAGAUAACCUAGUUAAAAGAAAGUUUGAGCAACAGCAGUUUCUUUUUUAAUAGACAGCUGCCCUUGUAAUUCAUCAACAUCAGUAUUCAGUCAUUUACACUAUGUUCACUAUAUUUUCCUUAUAACCCCUUCUCGGACAUGAGAUGGGUUUAUACCUAUGAAAGAAAAAUUGAAACCUUGUAGUUUGACAAGUCUUCCAGAGGUUUCACCUGAGACCUGGAUUGCUGCUGUUCCAUCUUGCUAUGCAAGUCACUAACUCAUUAUUAAUGCAACUGUAUUUGGCAAGGUUUACAUAGUGGUUUACCAUUCUUUUCCUCUGGAGAUGUCCUGGGACUGUGCAGCUUGUCCAAGGCCACACAGGCGGCUUUG